CCAGCUGCCAGCUGAGUUCUUCACCAAUGCAAGUAAACUACGAGAUGCCCUUUUUGGAAAGGGAGCACCCUUCAGCUUACUUUAUUAAUUUCAAUAAGGUAGGUAAAAUAGUUAGUUGAUUUACAACUAUUUCCCAAUAUAAGGGGUCCUUGGCAACAUGUUUGUUAUAACACAUGUUAUUAUGGAUGAAUAGCGAGCUAACUCCAGCUAGCUAGUUAGCUAGAUAAAGUCGGGUUGUCAACACAGUCGCUGGCUAACGUUAGCUGUGGUUAUAUUGCGGCUUUGUUUACACACUGUUUACAAAGGCCUGGAUGCAAGUAGCUAGCUAGCCACUAGCCAGCUAGUGCUACCAUCAUCAGUGCACUCACCUGCAGCAAGGAACGACGAAGGGUAGGUACGGGUACUAUGUUGAACGGGCAGCUCCCAUUUUUUUUUCUAGUAACGACGUUAGACAGAGAUAUAAUCAAUUUCUGAAUUAUUAUCUCCAAAUGUUAUCACGCAAUGCAACCUUAAAUUUUGUAGACUGAAUUUGCUGUCACGAGUUGCAAAUUAAGAAUCAUCAAUAAUAAUAUGAAUGCUUGGUUUAACGAUACAUUGUUGUUAUAGUGAUGCAGUAAUACUACAGAUGUAAGAUCUUAAUUUGAUAACCCUUUUGUUGCUGAGAAUUUUGCUGCACAGCAGGAAAUACAAACCUAAUAGUGUAUUCGAGGUUUAAAUAGGCUUCUAAAGUUUGUAAUUUAGCUUUAAAAUGUCAGACAUGAUUUGCCCAAACGAAAAAUAUAUCACUCCCUACAAAACAUGUCCAUUAAUUAUAAUCCACAUAGCAAAUAAUUCACAUUUCCUGUUGCUUCGGGAUUAUGUUCCUGCUGUAGCAAACUGCCUCAAAUUAAAAUCCUACAUCUGUUGCUAUUAUGUAGAAAAGCUGCUUUUGAAAUUCUGCCCUAUAUGGCUUGUGAAAGUAUUCACCCCCCUUGGCAUUUUUCCUAUUUUGUUGCCUUACAACCUGGAAUAAAAAUGGAUUUUUUUUGGGGGGGGGGGGGUUGUAUCAUUUGAUUUACACAACAUGCCUACCACUUUGAAGAUGAAAAAAACAAACAAGAAAUAAGACCAAAAAAAAGAAAACUUGAGCGUGCAUUACUAUUCACACCCACUAUUCAGUCAAUACUUUGUAGAGCCACCUUUUGCAGCAAUUACAGCUGCAAGUCUCUUGGGGUAUGUCUCUAUAAGCUUGGCACAUCUAGCCACUGGCAUUUUUGCCCAUUCUUCAAGGCAAAACUGCUCCAGCUCCUUCAAGUUGGAUGGGUUCCGCUGGUAUACAGCAAUCUUUAAUCAUACCACAGAUUCUCAAUUGGAUUGAGGUCUGGGCUUUGACUAGGCCAUUCCAAGACAUUUAAAUGUUCCCCUUAAACCACUCGAGUGUUGCUUUAGCAGUAUGCUUAGGGUCAUUGUCCUGCUGGAAGGUGAACCUCCGUCCCAGUCUCAAAUCUCUGGAAGACUGAAACAGGUUUCCCUCAAGAAUUUCCCUGUAUUUAGCGCCAUCCAUCAUUCCUUCAAUUCUGACCAGUUUCCCAGUCCCUGCUGAUGAAAAACAUCCCCACAGCAUGAUGCUGCCACCACCAUGUUUCACUGUGGGGAUGGUGUUCUCAGGGUGAUGAGAGGUGUUGGGUUUGCGCCAGACAUUUUACAUUUACAUUUUAGUCAUUUAGCAGACGCUCUUAUCCAGAGCGACUUACAUGAGUAAUUAGGGUUAAGUGCCUUGCUUAAGGGCACAUCGACAGAUUUUUCACCUAGUCGGCUCGGGGAUUAGAACCAGCGACCUUUCGGUUACUGGCACAACACUCUUACUCACUAAGCUACCUGCCGCCCAGACAUAGCGUUUUCCUUGAUGGCCAAAAAGCUCAAUUUUAGUCUCAUCUGACCAGAGUACCUUCUUCCAUAUGUUUGGGGAGUCUCCCACAUGCCAAACGUGUUUGCUUAUUUUUGUCUUUAAGCAAUGGCUUUUUUCUCAUCCGUAAAGCCCAGCUCUGUGGAGUGUACGGCUUAAAGUGGUCCUAUGGACAGAUACUCCAAUCUCCGUUGUGGAGCUUUGCAGAUCCUUCAGGGUUAUCGUUGGUCUCUUUGUUGCCUCUCUGAUUAAUGCCCUCCUUGCCUGGUCCGUGAGUUUUGGUGGGCGGCCCUCUCUUGGCGGGUUUGUUGUGGUGCCAUAUUCUUUCCAUUUUUUAAUAAUGGAUUUAAUAGUGCUCUGUGGGAUGUUCAAAGUUUCUGAUAUUUUUUUAUAACCCAACCCUGAUCUGUACUUCUCCACAACUUUGUCCCUGACCUGUUUGGAGAGCUCCUUGGUCUUCAUGGUGCCGCUUGCUUGGUGGUGCCCCUUGCUUAGUGGUGUUGCAGACUCUGGGGCCUUUCAGAACAGGUGUAUAUAUACUGAGAUCAUGUGACAGAUCAUGUGACACUUAUUUAACUAAUUAUGUGACUUCUGAAGGUAAUUGGUUGCACCAGAUCUUAUUUAGGGGCUUCAUAGCAAAGGGGGUUAAUAUAUAAGCACGCAUCACUUUUCCGUUAUUUAUUUUAUAGCAUUUUUUGAAACAAGUUAUUUUUUUCAUUUCACUUCACCAAUUUGGACUAUUUUGUGUAUGUCCAUUACAUGAAAUCCAAAUAAAAAUCCAUUUAAAUUACAGGUUGUAAUGCAACAAAAUAGGAAAAACGCCAAGGGGGAUGAAUACUUUUGCAAGGCAAUGUAGGCUAGGCCUGAAGUUUGCCUACUGAAUAACCUCAGAGUAUGGGCUAACCCAUCUUUGUGACUGUAUUUGUCUUACAGUUAUGGAGCUGUCAUCUCAAGACCCUCUUCCUAUGGCUUUGGAUCUCUCAAAGAGAUGUGGGAAGAGUCAUCUGAAUCCCAGGACCACAGAGGUUCUGGACCUGAUGAAGAAGCCCAGAUGGCACAGCAUCACUGACGACCAUGUGUCCAUGCCCUGCAUGCAGCUCCUCUCUGAGAAAACACUAACAGACACAGGUGUCAGACUCUCCUACGGGACUAGGACUUGUGUUCGCUCCCCCCUUUUACAUAAUGGUAUGGACAGAAGCUUACGGGACUCAGGGUUGUACGAGCCACACCCUACAGAGAGCCUAAAUGCAGAGAGCCCCAUUUCUGAAAGUAUUGAGGGAGAAGAGAGUCAGAGUGACUCUGAUGUCAUUUUGCUUGUUUCCAGUUCUAAGGAAGCACCCUCACCUCAGGACUAUUUAGACAGGGGAUCUGUUAGUCCCUUAGUGGAUUCUCCGUCCCCUGGCGCUGUCUCUUUGGGUGAAGCUAAAGGUUGUUUUCUACUGCCCCAGACACUGAGUUCCCCCAGUCCUGACAAUACAUACUCAGAGGAUUCAUCUGAAAGCACAGAGGGGAUGUCGGUGAACGCAAAACCUGUUCUUAACCUGUCGGAAUUAGCUGCUUUGUAUGGGAAAUCUGUCAGUUCUCCUGUGGAUAUCUCAAGUGAUGAUAGUGAUGUCAUUGAAGUUCCCAUCACCAAUGAAAAGAAAAAGAUUCCCAGUUUACCUGUUGAUGUUCAGAAUGAGAAAAGGCUGACAGGUGAAGCUAGUAAUGUUGUAAAGAAAAGCCUUUCUCCACAUCCUAGAACAAUACAGCCUGAGGUCAGCGCUCAGAAGCCCACCAACAAUGUCACUCGCCAUCAUUCAAAAAUCCAUACCAAAAACUUGAGUAGAAUAUUACCCAAAGAACAUUCUGUCGACACAAUGGACUCAAAGGAGAAGUCAUCUAGUUCAGAGGAUGAGUCUUGGUUACAGCCAACUGUCUACCUGUACAGGUGUGUAGUAGAUUCUGAUGACUCUGAUGUGGACCGUCGGACAGUUCGACAGGACCCCUCUGAGAGCCUACGUUCCUCUAGAAGGCCACAGAGAGGAUCAUCACCUGCUACAGAGUCAAGGCCCAAGGCCACACAUGUGGAAGACAUCCAACAGGAGUGGACAAAGCCCUCUUCACCCAGGAGCAAAAGGUCAGGAACCAAGCAGAAAACCCACCAGAGAAGCCCAGCAAAGCAGGCCUCAAGUAGUAGAAAAGCAGCAGCAAGUAAAACAAAACGAAGGAGGGAGAAACACAAACAAGCUGGCUCAUCCUCCAUGUUCUCCCAUGAAGAGGCAGAAAUCAAGCUGAAAUAUGCAAACUACAAGCAGGACAAAAGGGCCAGUAAAUCAGAGAACUUUUGCCCUUUUGUCCACAUGGAGCAGAGAGAGUACUCUGCUUGUACAGUGAUCAACGAUCAGCAGGAGGAGAAGGAUGUGAGGCAGAACAAAGGACAGCAACAACAACCAACUGGGUCUGGGUCUUUGUCUGGUGUUGUUCCUAAGACGUCUUGUUAUCGUCUGGGUCGCCUCAGCUCAAAGAGUAAGUGUCAGCCCCUAAUGGUGUGCUGCCUGUGUGGUGGGUCAGCUAAUGCUGUGGGCCUAGGGGACCUUCACGGGCCUUACUAUCCAACUGGACCUGCUUUGGAGGAACAAGGCAAACAGCAGGCCCAGAAGGAAGAACACAAGGACAGUGAACUGUCUGUAGAUUGUAAGAUAGGCCUAUGGGGUCAGGUAGAGAAGAAUGGAUUACAUGAACUGAGCAAUGUGCCUAGUAUAGAAGCUGUAGAUGACGACUGCUGCAUCAUUGUCAGUGAUUGUGAAAGCUCCACAUUGCCUUCAGCCAAAAAGCUCAGAACAAACGGCUGCGUGGUGAACGGCCACAGUCCGCCAGUGGUGCCCCACAACACCAAUGAAUGCUGGAUCCACGAGGACUGUGGCAUAUGGUCCACAGGUGUUUUCUUAGUUAAAGGAAAGCUCUACGGCUUGGAGGAGGCUGUUAGGUUCGCCCAAGAAACAGUGAGUCAAAUUCAAUGCUACGUCUUUGUUCGAGAUAAUGUGCAUUUGUGCUUGCGUAUUUCGAGUGCAACAUAGAGAAGAACAUAACAGAAAAUAUGAUCAUGUUACUGUGUCUGCUAAAUCAAAAUGCAUUGGUGUCUUCUGACAUUCCUGAAAUGCAUAUGUAGCUUGUCUGCCUCACUUUAUCAAAAUAUAUAAACAAGGUCAAACUGAAGUAGCUCAGAUAGACAGAGGACCAUUAUGCUUGUGAAUAGGUAACACACAAUGCCUUACUCCUUCACUGUGUCCUUGGCCUCUCAAAUACAGACCGUGCUUUUUUACAGUUUGUUUCUUCUCCAGGUGUGUUCCACAUGCCACACAGCAGGUGCAACCAUGGGCUGCUUCCAGAAAGGGUGCCCCAAUAAGUACCACUACAGCUGUGCAGCUCAGUCAGGUCGGAAGAUGUCCUGCUCUGCCUAUGUACAAUUCUGUCAAUGAAGAAUCAUUGUGUUGACUAAGUGCUUUAUUUUCAAUCUAUCUUUGCAGGCUGUGUGCUUAACGAAGAAAACUUCUCCAUGAGAUGUCCAAAGCACAAGGUAGCUGUAACAAUUGUCCUUCCAGCAGUACCUGGUAAAAGAAUAAGUGCACAACACAAGAUGUUUAAGGAAAUAUAAAUACAUUUGUGAAUAGCUAUCUUAUUAACUCCUCAGUAAAAGGCACAUGACAGUAAUGAUUAAUAAAUGGUGAGCAAACGGUUUGUAAAUGCCUUAUAAAUGGUUUAUUAUGGAUCCUUAAAAUAAAGUGUUGCCUAAAGAUCAUUACUUUUGAUCUGAGAUCUAGGCUAUUAUCGCAGUGUUUCUAAAAUAUUGCACUUUUUUCCUUUCCAGAAUAAAUCAUUCAGAGGUGUGAACAUGCCAGCCAACAGAUGACAGGAGAGAAGGAAUUGGCCACCAUGGAAGGUAUGUGGUUUUCUAUGCCCUUGACAUGUUACAUUCAUCAUUUGAGACCAGACGGUUUCAAAUGUACUAACUUUAAAUGUUCGUCCUUUGGAAGGACUCUGGGGUUAUUUGUAAAUAGAAUGGUAUUUAGUCAUUGAUGCUCAUCAGUCAGACUGUGAGAGAUCUGUGGUAGUGCAUUGUGUUAGAGCUUGUUUUAGCGUUUGGAACAAAUAACUUCCCUUAGAGUGUGUUGAUUUGAUUGUUUUCUCCUCUCUUGUUAAAUACACUAAUUAAGUUGAGCAUCUUUACCCAUAUUAUGUUAAAAACAGGACUUAGGGUAAGAUUUCGCUAUUGUUCAAAGUGACAUCAAACUCAAGCAAGUUCGUGUCAAUGAUCCUCUAGCGCAGUAGUUCCCAAACUGGGUCGGGACCCACUUGUGGGUUGCGGCAGGGGUCCAGGUGGGUCGGUGGAUUACAUGUUUUAUCCAUUGCAUUUAUUUGUUAUUUGUUUGGGAUAGAAAAAUGCUUUGUGUACAUUUAAAUGACUAAAACCAAAUAUAAAAUACAGUGGGGAAAAAAAGUAUUUAGUCAGCCACCAAUUGUGCAAGUUCUCCCACUUAAAAAGAUGAGAGAGGCCUGUAAUUUUCAUCAUAGGUACACGUCAACUAUGACAGACAAAUUGAGAAAAAAAAUCCAGAAAAUCACAUUGUAGGAUUUGUAAUGAAUUUAUUUGCAAAUUAUGGUGGAAAAUAAGUAUUUGGUCACCUACAAACAAGCAAGAUUUCUGGCUCUCACAGACCUGUAACUUCUUCUUUAAGAGGCUCCUCUGUCCUCCACUCGUUACCUGUAUUAAUGGCACCUGUUUGAACUUGUUAUCAGUAUAAAAGACACCUGUCCACAACCUCAAACAGUCACACUCCAAACUCCACUAUGGCCAAGACCAAAGACCUGUCAAAGGACACCAGAAACAAAAUUGUAGACCUGCACAAGGCUGGGAAGACUGAAUCUGCAAUAGGUAAGCAGCUUGGUUUGAAGAAAUCAACUGUGGGAGCAAUUAUUAGGAAAUGGAAGACAUACAAGACCACUGAUAAUCUCCCUCGAUCUGGGGCUCCACGCAAGGUCUCACCCCGUGGGGUCAAAAUGAUCACAAGAACGGUGAGCAAAAAUCCCAGAACCACACGGGGGGACCUAGUGAAUGACCUGCAGAGAGCUGGGACCAAAGUAACAAAGCCUACCAUCAUUAACACACUACGCCGCCAGGGACUCAAAUCCUGCAGUGCCAGACGUGUCCCCCUGCUUAAGCCAGUACAUGUCCAGGCCCGUCUGAAGUUUGCUAGAGUGCAUUUGGAUGAUCCAGAAGAGGAUUGGGAGAAUGUCAUAUGGUCAGAUGAAACCAAAAUAGAACUUUUUGGUAAAAACUCAACUCGUCGUGUUUGGAGGACAAAGAAUGCUGAGUUGCAUCCAAAGAACACCAUACCAACUGUGAAGCAUGGGGGUGGAAACAUCAUGCUUUGGGGCUGUUUUUCUGCAAAGGGACCAGGACGACUGAUCCGUGUAAAGGAAAGAAUGAAUGGGGCCAUGUAUCGUGAGAUUUUGAGUGAAAACCUCCUUCCAUCAGCAAGGGCAUUGAAGAUGAAACGUGGUUGGGUCUUUCAGCAUGACAAUGAUCCCAAACACACCGCCCGGGCAACGAAGGAGUGGCUUCGUAAGAAGCAUUUCAAGGUCCUGGAGUGGCCUAGCCAGUCUCCAGAUCUCAACACCAUAGAAAAUCUUUGGAGGGAGUUGAAAGUCCGUGUUGCCCAGCGACAGCCCCAGAACAUCACUGCUCUAGAGGAGAUCUGCAUGGAGGAAUGGGCCAAAAUACCAGCAACAGUGUGUGAAAACCUUGUGAAGACUAACAGAAAACGUUUAACCUGUGUCAUUGCCAACAAAGGGUAUAUAACAAAGUAUUGAGAAACUUUUGUUAUUGACAAAAUACUUAUUUUCCACCAUAAUUUGCAAAUAAAUUCAUUAAAAAUCCUACAAUGUGAUUUUCUGGAAUUUUUUUUUCUCAUUUUGUCUGUCAUAGUUGACGUGUACCUAUGAUGUAAAUUACAGGCCUCUCAUCUUUUUAAGUGGGAGAACUUGCACAAUUGGUGGCUGACUAAAUACUUUUUUCCCCCACUGUAUGUAGAAAAUAUAAUGGACCUAUAUAUUUUUUCAUAAUAGCCUAUAAUCUUUGAGCUAGACAAUCAGGCCCCCAUUGAUUUUGUUAUAAUGUUUGAGCAUAGGAAUACAGCACUAAUCUGUUAAAAUGUGUAGAAUUGCUGGAAAUGUGCUUAAAAUCUGCAACAUUUUCUCUCAGCUCCAUUACAACAUGUGUGGUCCUCUGUAGCUCAGCUGGUAGAGCACGGCGCUUGUAACGCCAAGGUAGUGGGUUCGAUCCCCGGGACCACCCAUACACAAAAAUUUAUGCACGCAUGACUGUAAGUCGCUUUGGAUAAAAGCGUCUGCUAAAUGGCAUAUUAUUAUUAUUAUUAUUAUUAUACAAUUGCAGAAGAAAUGUUGCUUUAAAAAGCAACAUUUUAUUUAACCUCCAUGGCAAAAUGUGUAGAAUUACAGGAAAUUGUAUGUUUUUCAAAGGAUUCCAAAUGAAAGUUGGAUUAUUAGUUGAUUAAAGAACACACACACACUAUCGACAGUGUCAGUUUGACAUGGAAUGUGCACAGAAAUGGCAGAAAAGACAUGAUGAUUACAUUGAAGUUUGAAGAGGUUUGAAUUCAAUUUAAGAAUCCUAACAGGAAGGUUUAGAGGUACAGCCAGUCGCUCUGCUGUUGAGUGUGAAAUUCAGCUGAUAUCUUGGCACUCAUAGGUAGACCUUCUCUUCUCCCUCAGUGAGAUGAGCUGUGUGGAACAUGAAAACCUACCUAGUGAUUGGGACGCUUGGCAGAACAAGGUGUGAAAAAGCAAUGAGACUGCUUUGCCCUCUGUGCUAAAAUAAUAUUCUCAAUCUGCUGCAAGGGCCUCUGGGUUAACAUUCAAAACCUACCAUGUUGAAACUGUUUUGAUCGGCUCUGCAGUUGUAACAUUUUUUAAUUUUUAUUUGAGGCUUCACAAGAGAUAAAUGAGUGAAUAUGGUGCAGAAAAUAUGUACUUUCACACCCAUGUCUUUUUCAGGGAGUUGUAAGAGUUUCACCUCAAUGUGUGACCCUAGCUUCUAUAUAAGCUGUACUGUAAACUUGAGUAAUUUAUACUUUUUUCCCCAAUUCUAUAACAGUGUGUCACUGUCCCUUGUGUCUCCCUGACAGCUAAACCACAUUGGCAGCAGCCAUCGGAUAGAUACUCUCCUUCACCCCAGAGAAUAGGCUGUGGAAGAACUGCAACAUUCUAUUCAUGUUUUCUUUUAUCUCUUGAAUGUUUACAUUGAUUCCAUGUUACUUUAGUAUUACUAAUCAUUCUGAUUUGAUUGUACCAAUGAAGCCAAAUGCUCUUAUUGUGUGUCUGCCUCCAGAUGGUCGUAGUCUUUUUGGCCUGUCUCCACUGUAGAAGCUUGACAGUUGCGUCGCCAGGUUUGUUGUGCUGUUUUGCUUUGUUGAAAGACCUCUGUUUUAUUUUGUUGAAGUUUUAUAUCUAUGUUUGGUCUUUUUACCUUUUAAUACUGAAAUGAUGAUUGACAUGUUUUUGUUGUUAUGUUCACCAUGUGUGACAGACUUGCUAUUGUUUCCUUAUUUGAUAUGAACCUUUAUUUGAUAGGAACCUUGAGAGGACAAUAUUUGAGUUCAGUAUUCAUCCUAAUUAACAGUGAUUGAAAGGCCAACCAGUCACACCCCUGAUAAUAUGACUUGUUUUGCAAGAUUGCUACUUAGAAAUUUAGAUUUUUGUAUGUUACUAUAUGGAUUCACAUUUCUGUAUGUUACUAUAUAUAUUUUUGCAUCUCAGAUUAUCCUGGUGGUAUGCUUUGGUAAUCAUUCGGAACUAAAUGGCAACAGAGGAAGUGAUGGAUCUACAGAACGGCUUCUAUGGCUGCGUUUACACAGGC